GACUCAAAUGAUUUUUUGGGUCGGUUUGAUUUAAAAUAAAACUCAAAACCACAGCACACGAGACUGCGCGAACUUUCGAGCUUUGAGACCUCUCGAUCUGUACACCAACUGUUCGACGAAUUGCCCCAGAAAGUUUGUAAAACAGAAAGGCUUAUGGAGGAAGAAAACUGGGAAGCAUCCUCUUCAAGCGAGAACGAAGAAGCUGGUUUUGCGAUUGAUGACGACGAAGAGUUCCAAUCAGGACCCAAGUUACAAUUCAGAGUCGGAUCUUCAAAGGCUCGUUGGAUAACUGAGCUAGGAAUGGCUGAAGUUGAGGUCAAAAGAGGGAAGCUUUGGACAACAACUGGAAUCAUUCGCAGCGGGAAGACAUACUGUUUCAUUGAAGAGGCUUUGUAUUUGAGUGAGAUAGGAGAGUUGCAGAUCUUGGGUAAUGAAGAUGAUGAAGUAGUGAUCCCGUUGAAGGGCUUGUAUGAGAUGAUUGCAGAGGAAAAAAGUGGAUGCUGUUGGGAAAGCUAUGAGGUUUAUAGAUACUUGAAGGGUCUAGGUUACAUCUUAGGCAGGCAUGGAGUUCCUUGGACAUCAAAGGGUGCUGCUAUCAUGAUACCAAGUGGUGGUGAAUGUCCUGAAGAGGAUGUUACUGUCACUAAACUGUUGGGAGAUAUGCAACUCUGUUGUGAUGCAAGAGCCGUGUUUGACGUGUAUUUGCCAAACAGCCGGUUCAAGAAGUCCUCUCCUGGUGAACCUAGCUUUGUGGCUUGCUUAUCAGGGGACUCGCCACCAAGCAAAGAAGAUGUUAGAGUCCUACAAAGCCGCAUAGCUGCACCGUUGAGGUUCUGUCAUAUCGCUCAGGGCCGUGUUAGUUUCUUUUCAUUCAGUUCCAUAAACCUCUCUGUCUUACCAUAAAAAUGUAACCAAAAAGAAAAAAGAAAAACCGAAAUGUUCUUGUAUUCUUUAGAAUAAUAGACAAAGUAACUGAGAGUUUUACAUACGC